UCAAUCUUCCUUCUAUCUAAAAGCUCUGGCCUUAUCAAUCAUGGCUGCCAUUAACAAUCGUGCCACGGCCUCAGCCGUAGCUUUGCUCUUCUGUUUUCUCGCCGGCAUUCUAGAGCCAUCUUUCGGGGAACUAGUUAAGGACCAGCCCCUUGUCCUCGAGUACCACAAAGGCACCCUUUUGAAAGGCUCGAUCAACAUUAAUCUUAUAUGGUACGGGAAUUUCACGGCCAUCCAACGCUCUAUAAUCAUCGAUUUUCUUCAAUCCUUUAACGCGGUAGACAUUCCUACGCCUUCUGUGGAGUCUUGGUGGAUGACCACCAAUAAGUAUGAGGGUGGAGGAUCCACCACUAUAGUGGUUGGACAACAAAUACUGGACGACAACUGCUCGCUUGGAAAGACACUCAAGGAUGACCAGAUUGAGAAAUUGGCAUCCAAGGUUGAGAAUAGCGUCGGAUCUAUUACCGUUGUCUUGACGGAUAAAGAUGUUUCCGUGAACGGGUUCUGCACGAGCACGUGCGGAACUCACAAAUCCACGGCUGGGGAGGAUCCAGUUGCAUACGCCUGGGUGGGUAACUCGGAGACUCAGUGCCCCGGGAAAUGUGCGUGGCCGUUUCAUAAGCCCAUUAUGGGCCCUCAGACACCUCCUCUGGUGGCGCCCAACGACGACAUUGGCAUGGACGGAAUGAUCAUAAACCUUGCCACCAUAUUGGCGGGAACCGUGACAAACCCGUUUAAAAAUGGCUAUUUCCAAGGUCCCGCGGAGGCUCCACUAGAGGCCGUUAGUGCCUGCAUGGGUAUGUUCGGUACGGGGUCUUACCCCGGAUAUCCGGGUAAAGUCCUCGUAGAUAACACCACAGAGGCGAGUUACAAUGCGCACGGUGCUAACCAACGAAAGUUCUUGCUCCCGGCCAUGUGGGAUCCCGAGAAAUCUGCAUGUGCACCACUGCUCUAAUGUGAAAAACUAUAACCACUUUGUAAGGAAAAUGUUAAUCUGUCCUUACAAUUAUCACUCCCAAAAUAAUCAAUUUUUUUUUUUGUUUUAAAUGUUUAAGCUUAUGUUGUAGGUGGUAAAAGUCGGAGCAUGUAGCUUCGUAUCUUUUCUUGUUUUGAUCACUUAUAUUUAUAAUAAUAUGAAAAAUAUAAUUCUAAGCUAUUGAUCAA